AUGAAAGUUGGAAAUCCGCGCGAAUGUAUCUCUGUCCACGUUGGCCAAGCCGGAUGUCAGAUUGGCAAUGCAUGCUGGGAAUUGUACUGUCUGGAGCACGGCAUCCAGCCUGAUGGAUAUCUUCCAAAUGGGAAAGACUCCUCCUCCUCCUCAAGGUCGACCGAUGAGGCCUUCAACACCUUCUUCAGCGAGACAGGAUCAGGAAAGCAUGUUCCUCGUGCCAUCUUCGUCGAUCUCGAGCCGACCGUCAUCGACGAGGUUCGAACCGGUACCUACCGUCAGCUCUUCCACCCCGAGCAGCUGAUCACCGGCAAGGAGGAUGCUGCCAACAACUACGCCCGUGGUCACUACACCGUCGGCAAGGAGAUCGUAGACCAGGUCUUGGAUAAGAUCAGGAAAUUGGUAGUUUACUAG